ACACAUAAGCGACCUUAAACACAUUGAUUUUGAUUUUAAUCAUAUGUUGAAAACAACAAUAAUGAGAAAGAUUACAUGCAUCCGUAAUUUUUUUGAUCACCAUGAAUAUAUAGCUUCUUCGUUUUCUGAUGCAUCUGUUUGUUUAUCACUGAAGUUGGAUAAUAGAGAAUAGAAUUCUCGACAGCGAGAGAUAAAGGAGUUGGCUAUGGGAACAACUACUUUGGCCCUUUUUUGUGAGGAAUGUGUUGUUGCUGCUUGGGAUUCUUGGACCACAAGUAUUGAAUUUAUAAGAAAUGAUGAGACUCCUGAUAAAAUGUUCAAGAUAACUCCUAACAAAGUCUGUAUAAAAGCAGGAGUAGUUGAUGCGCUUAAUGCAAUGCAGAAACAUGUACAGGAAAAGGUCAAGAAGAGACUAGACAAAGAGAAACCCUUUUCUGUUCUCAAUGUUUCAUUUGAUGUGUUCAUGAAAUUAGUUCGUGUGGAUGACGAAACUGAGUGCCUCAUCACUGGAUGGGAUGAAACAUUGGAACGCUUUGAUCUGUGGCACGCUCAUUCAUUUCUUCCCAGUGAAUUGAAAUCAGUGGAGAAUUACCAAGCAUGCGGGACUGGGAGGUUUUAUACUCUUAAGAUGUUAAAGCAAUUCUGGGUUGUCUUUGAGAUAAAGGUUGCAUGCCUUUACUGGUUGGUGUGUGAUUAUGGUGUUGCAUGCUAA